GAGUAGAGACUGCAACCGCUACCUCCCGAGAUGGAAAACGUUGCUGACAAUUUCUCCUGUUACGACCCUUCCAUCGUUGACUACCGUUAUGUGUCGGUCAGCUGGGGCAUUGUGGUGACAGUCCUUGGCACAGUGGGCAAUGUGCUGACGCUGCUGGCCUACGUGGCGGAGCCCAAGCUGCAGACGCGCUUCAAUCUGCUGAUUGUCAACUUGACUUUAGCUGACUUGCUCUACUGCACCUUCCUGCAGCCCUUCUCCGUCGACUCCUACCUUCACCUCCACUGGCGGGCGGGCGCCGACUUCUGCCGUGUCUUCGGGAUGUUGCUUUUCGUUUCCAACUCAGUUUCCAUCUUAACCCUCUGCCUCAUCGCUGUCAGCCGAUAUCUCCUCAUCGCCAAUACGGCCCUCUUUGACCGGGUCUUUUCCCGCCUCAGAAUGAUCCUCAUCAGCCUGGUCACCUGGGUCAUUGGCUUUGCCAGCUUCGCGCCCUUGUGGCCUGUCUAUGUACUGGUACCCAAAGUCUGCACCUGUAGCUUCCACCGCCUCCGAGGCCGGCCCUACACCACCAUCCUCAUGGCCCUCUACUUCGUGGUAGGCCUCAGCUGCGUCGGCAUUUUCUACUACCUCAUCCAUCGCAAAGUCAAGGUGGCCGCCCAGGCCAUGGAUCAAUAUAAGCUGAAGAAAGCCAGUCUGAAAGGAGUCCACGUGGCUGGAACCAGCUCAGCAACGCCGGGACAUUACCAAGAACUCGACAGCGGGGUUGAUAGCGUGGGACCUUCCCAGCAGUCCAGUGAGGGUAUGCCCUCUGAGCCGACUUCCAAAACCAGUGUUCCUUCAGCUUCGGAGAACGGUGAAACUCAUCCUGUGCCUCAGCCUAUGGCGCCGCCAAAGAAAGCAGCUGUUUGCAAGCCAAAGGACAGCAACACUGAAUUCCGCCGGGUGACCCGCAUGUGCUUCGUGGUCUUCAUUUUCUUUGUCGUGUGCUACAUCCCCUUCAUGUUGCUCAACAUCUUUGAUUCCAAAAACCGGGCCCCAGUUGUCCUGCACAUGAUUGCUGCCAACCUCACAUGGCUCAACAGCUGCAUCAAUCCGGUGCUUUAUGCUGCUAUGAACCGCCAGUUCCGCGACGCCUACAGAGGUGUGCUCUACAACUUCACACGGAGAUUUCACUGCUGUCGUUAACUAGAAGGACAGCAUUCCCUAUCUCUGAGAAUGUCUUUUCUGACUGACCUUGGCUUGUCCACAGUUUCGGAUGUCACCAGGAAGUAGCAUGGAAUGUCACAGCAGUUGGCAUUUAUAGGUCCUCAGGCACUUCUUGAAGCUGGGGUGGGGAACCCCACUUGUGAGAUUAGUAGCCAGCGACGGAACUAUUUCGCCUUGAUGGACUUCAAGGAAUGAGAGCAACCGCUGCCCCUGCACAGAGCCUCUUGUGGGCAAACACCUGCAACAAGUUCUCUUUUCCAAUAAGCAUAGACACUGAAAACACUGCCUAGUCUGCACAUUAUUGUUUGUAUAUAUUGUUUUUGAUUGUAUUUUUAUAUCUAUAUUUUUUCCACGCACGUACACAUAUAAAUAAAUAGCCAUAUUUCUGUCUCACACCCACCAAGACUACUAUUCUUGGUGGUGGCACAGAACCCAGAAAAUGCCCUACCUCUCGAGACUCACUGGGGAUGUCAUUUUCCUGCCAGGAGAAAAAUAAUGUAAAGAAACCUGUUGGCAGAGACGCUAUGAUUUCACUUUCCAGAAACGAUGUCAGUCUGCUCUAGGAAUCACUGGAGUUCCUGAAGAUUCCCAGAGGAAAUUGAUGUCACUUCCACGUCGUUGUCAUCUCCGAAGUGAGAUCAUGCCAUCACCGAUGGCAACCCCGUGCCCUUGCCCUCCUGGCUCCCACCAGUUCCCAAGCCGUAUCUGGAAACCCUAGGACUCACCCAGGGGUCAUUUCGU